AAUCCCAACUCUCUCCCACACACUCUCUCAAACUCAUAUUGCGUUCUCAGAACCUGCACCACAUCAUGCCAAACGACGCCGUUCUCAGAACCUGCCUUCUCUGGCUGGCCGCAGUUAUUUUAGCGGUUGGCUUAUUCACCCACUCUUUCAAGAAGAUGAUGGUCACCUACGUCUUCGGAGUUCUUGGGAUUGCGGCGGUUCUCCUUCCUGAUUGGGAUUACUUCAACCGUGAUUUCUCUCGUUGGACUUACCCUGUCACUGCUGAGGAAAGGGCCAAUUCUCCACAUGCCCAAGGAUCUGGAUUUCUCAGGUUUGCUCAUUCUCCUCUAAGGGUGAUUGUUUAUAGUGUGGUUUAUGGAUGUGCUAUGUACAAAUGGUGGGAGUAUGUAUCGAGCUAAUCGUUAACAGCUUUGUUUAGCAGAAGCACCUGAAAAUUCUUCUGAAUCCCAAUUUUAGAUGUAAGCUUUACCCUUUUGUUGAUUUAAUUUUUUCACUUUUGGUGGAAUCCGUAAACCGCAUCGGUGAUUGUCCAAGAGAUUAUUCGUUUUUAUGCUAAAAAUAGAAAAUCGAAAGGAAUUAAUUUGUAAUUUUAAACAAGACAGGGUUUUGGUUGUUAUUUUUGUCGUUUGGGAAACUUUUUCGAGUCACAGUUAAACGAUGAGGAUGCACUGUACUCAAAUAGAGGCAAGGUGCGAUCGAUUUUGAUAUGGAUG